GUAUGUUUUCUAGACACGUUUUCCUUUUACUGGUGGCCAUCACCUUCCUUUUGAAGCUUGCAGUAGCCUUAAAUGUUGACGUUCCUGCACACCAAAACGAAUGUUUUUAUGAAGAACUGGAAGAGGGUGAUAAAAUGACCUUGACUUUUGAAGUUGGAGAAGGUGGAAAUUUGGACAUUGAUGUUUGGUUAUCUAAUCCUCAAGACGCUAUUCUUGCAAGCAGCUCUCGUGAAAAUAAAGGCGCAUUUUCAAUUAAAGCAGACAAAGAAGGCAGAUACACUUAUUGUUUUUCCAACAAAAUGUCUGCUGUCACUGCCAAAUCUGUAAACUUUAAUGCUCACGUCAUGGAAAAUACCGAUGCAAAAGGAGACACGGUAGAGGAUCCACUCAAGAAAGAAAUUGAAGAACUGGCAGAGAGUAUUCUUGCUGUCAAAGCAGAGCAAGAAUAUAUCGUCUCUCGUGAAAAGAAGCAUAGAGAUACUGCUGAGAGUACAAAUUCCCGUGUCAAAUGGUGGUCGGUCUCUCAAUUGAUCUUGUUAGUUGUGGUUUGUCUUUGGCAAGUACACUACUUGAAGCACUUUUUUGAAGGAAAGAGCACAGUCUAAAAGAAGAUAGAAAAUUGAUCCCCUUUAAAAUAAAUCCUUUUUAUUUUUUGACAGCGUGUGUUACCUGCCAUUUUGUAACUGCGGCUGCAUUACGUUUUCUUUUUUGGAUUGUAUUAGCUGAAUCUAUGUGGUCGAUGGUGAUGCUAUAAUGCUUAACCAUUUGCUUGGUUACAAACAUUAAAUAAAAGUGAAAAUCAAGGACAGAGCCUAGUUGGUGGCUUGCUCAGGUACCGUGAUGGUCAUAGUAGGUGCAUUAUACAUUUAUCUCUUGCCAAUGGUUGUUUAAAGCAGAUUGAAAAUCACAGUUGUACUUUGACUUUAUAAUAUACUGACACUCUGGCGUUUCAUUAGUUUCAGGC